AUAAUGGAUACAUGUUAUUUGUCUACAGGCAUCAUGGUGCGCAUGAACGUUCUCGCAGAUGCGCUCAAAAGCAUCAACAAUGCUGAGAAACGUGGAAAACGCCAGGUUCUCAUCAGGCCCUGCUCCAAAGUCAUAGUGCGCUUUCUUACUGUGAUGAUGAAGCAUGGUUACAUCGGCGAAUUUGAGAUCAUUGAUGAUCACAGAGCCGGCAAAAUUGUAGUCAAUCUCAAUGGGAGAAUUAACAAGUGUGGUGUCAUCAGCCCACGCUUUGAUGUGCAGUUGAAGGAUCUGGAGAAGUGGCAGAACAACCUUCUCCCAUCCAGACAGUUCGGAUACAUUGUUUUGACAACCUCAGCUGGCAUCAUGGACCACGAGGAGGCCAGGCGAAAACACACAGGAGGAAAAAUCCUUGGGUUCUUUUUCUAAACAUGUAAAGCGGACAAAAAAUAAAAACAGUGGAAGACA